AUGAAACACGGUCGUCCUGGGCCCCUUGGCGACGUGGGUCAGAGCGGACCAGAGGGUUACCGCGGCAGCCUGGGGCCUUCAGGGCCUAAAGGAGAGAAGGGCCAUAGCGGCCUGAAGGGACCGUCUGGCCCCAAAGGAGACAAAGGACCAAUGGGAGUGCCCGGGUUCCAGGGAACUGAUGGAGUUCCUGGUCACCCUGGUCUGGAGGGCGGCAGAGGAUCACCUGGUCUGGACGGUUGUAACGGGACCAGAGGAGAUGCCGGGGACCCCGGCUACGGGACCGGAUCACCUGGAUACCCUGGACCUACUGGGCCCAGUGGGCCAAAGGGCCAGAAAGGAGAACCUCGAUACAUCUCGGACAACGGCGUCUCAAGAUAUCCAGGUGAACCAGGACCCAACGGUCGACCUGGAUUACGAGGUUCCGAUGGUCAGUCUGGUUUACCUGGCCCACAAGGACCUGAGGGAUACCAGGGUCCUCCUGGCCCCCCCGGCCCCCCAGGGCUGAUGGGGAGUCGCAGCGACGGAUAUCAGGGAGAAAAAGGAGACAAGGGCGACGUGGGUCUCCCCGGACCCAGCGGCACCCCCGGCGACGGGUCGCUAAGAAGCGAACAAACUCUCACUAUCUACAAAGGAGAUAAGGGGGAACCAGGACCUAAGGGCGUCCGAGGAUUCAGCGGUAACCCCGGUCAACCUGGACCCUUCGGUUAUCAAGGUGAACUUGGAGAGAAGGGCAUUCCUGGAUACCCCGGGGCGAGAGGUCCUCCUGGAUUUAACGGCCCCCCUGGCGCUCCAGGACAACUGGGAUACAGGGGUAACCAAGGUUUCCCCGGGCAACCGGGAUACAUCGGACCUAAGGGAGACCAGGGAGACCCCGGACCACCAGGACCUCCCGCCUACGUGAAUGACCUGGGCACCUCUGUUCAAGGACAACCAGGUGACCCAGGUUUCAACGGCCUGCCUGGCGCCCCCGGUGACCAGGGAUCUCCUGGUUAUCCAGGACAACCAGGGCCACCAGGACCCGUGCUGGACCCCACAGGUGGUGGUGGCUCCCGAGGUUUCCCCGGCAUCCUAGGCCCCAAGGGAGAGAAGGGUAGCGGGGGUAUACCAGGCUACGGCGUGGAGGGACUCCCAGGCUCCCCUGGAUUCCCCGGACCCGUCGGCCCCCCCGGACCUCCAGGCCCCUCGAGUUCACCAACAACUGGCCCCACCAGCUACCCUGGACAGCCUGGGCAGCCCGGCCCCCAAGGACAACCUGGUGACACUGGUUACAAAGGCUUCAGAGGGGAUCCUGGCGACUGUAACUGUAGAGGAGGAUUUAUUCCCGGGGGACAAGGGGUACGCGGACCCCCCGGACCCAAUGGCAACCCCGGCUUCAACGGACGAAAGGGAGAACCUGGUGACUUGGGAUUUCCUGGCUUUGGUGGCGUUCAGGGACCUCCUGGACGACAAGGUGAACCGGGUGUCUAUGGCCGUAAGGGAGAGAAGGGGACGUCUUAUUACCCCAACCUGGGUUUGGGGGUGAAGGGAGAACUCGGAGCUACCGGGCCCAGAGGACCCACAGGUGAAACUGGAAAAUCUGGCAGAGACGGAUUACCUGGCUUCCCAGGACAACCCGGGCCUCCGGGCGACGCUGGCUUCGGCACAGUUGGAGAGAGAGGUUUCCCGGGAUUCCCGGGGUCUAAGGGUCGUCCCGGAGGCCCUGGCGAGCCCGGCAUCGGCUACGUCGGAACCCCAGGCUUUCGUGGAGAGCCUGGAGAUCCCGGAAUAUCUGGGUUACCAGGGUCACCUGGUUCACCUGGACAGAGAGGUGAAAACAGCUGUGGAGGGGUUAAUGACGUCGGAGAGGGAACGGGCCAACUGCUGCCUUGCAAAAUACCUGGUGAGGAAGGAGAUCCCGGUUACCCUGGUUCACCUGGACGACCAGGCCCGAAAGGUCAACCAGGUUUCGCUAGAGAACCAGGACGUCCCGGCAUUGACGGAGCCAAAGGAGAAAGAGGAGAUCCCGGUACUGGAGGUCAACCUGGACCACAAGGUUUCCCUGGACCCAGAGGGGAUCCUGGAGUUCCAGGUAUCCCAGGACAGGGCUAUGACGGAGCCAGGGGGAAGGAUGGCAUUCCUGGGCGUCCUGGAGCCAAGGGCCAGCCUGGAGAGGUACUGGGAGCCACGCCUGGUGUUCCGGGACGAGACGGUUCACCGGGACUUCCUGGAGACAAGGGCCAACCUGGGACGCCGGGGGGACCUGGAUCACCUGGUUUUGACGGACGUUCAGGUGUUCCUGGAAGAAAGGGAGAGAGCGGUGUUAAUGGUCUUCCUGGUUUCCCUGGCCCCCCUGGACCUCCAGGUGAGCCGACCGGUGGCCUCCCCGGUCGGCCCGGAGCUCCUGGCAGCAAGGGACUGAGCGGACCACCAGGCUGCCAAGGUUAUCCCGGGCGCAAGGGAGACAGAGGAGACCCAGGAUUCUCAGGGCCUGCUGGCAUGAAGGGAACCCCAGGACUGCCUGGCACCCCUGGUUCUCCAGGGUCCAGGGGACCCCCAGGACCUCCAGGACCAGGAACUAUAGCGGGAGUUCCUGGGAUCCCAGGAAGGAAGGGUGAGAGAGGUUUUCAAGGACUGACGGGAUUCCCUGGACUACCAGGGCGCCCUGGUAGUCCAGGCUUCCCAGGAGGCAAAGGACUGCCCGGGGGGUCUGGAAGAGAUGGACUUCCUGGUGGACCUGGAUACUCCGGACAGAAAGGUGAGCGGGGAUACCCUGGCCCCCCCGGCUUGCCCGGAGAAUUCGGUCCGUCAUACUUUGUGGAGAAAGGAGACCCCGGAAACCCUGGAAGCAACGGACUUCCUGGCUUCCCCGGACCCAGAGGUGACAAGGGUCUGCCAGGUCUACCUGGUCGUCAGGGUCUGCCUGGACUUCCUGGUUAUGCGGAGCAGAGUAAAGGACAGCCAGGUCAGCCUGGGCUCCCCGGACAGCCUGGAGGUCCAGGCUACCCUGGACCGAAGGGAGAGGCUGGAAUCAUGGGAUUCCCUGGCAUGUCUGGAGCAAGGGGUGAGGAUGGUUCACCAGGUUUCCCUGGUAACCCCGGAGAAUCUGGUAAACCUGGAGACAAGGGUAUACCCGGAGAUACUUUUGGUUAUCCCGGAGGUCCAGGUUCUAAAGGUCAGCCAGGAGAUUCAGGCUUCCCAGGUGGUCGUGGUAACAACGGCGCUCCCGGUGACAAUGGCUUUCCAGGAAGUCCAGGUUUCCCUGGAGCAAAGGGAGCUCCUGGUGAAGGAGGACGGCCUGGAAUAAUGGGCUCCCCUGGUUUCCCCGGACCAAAGGGUUUGUCCUCCUACCCAGGACGAAGAGGAGCAGAUGGGGCCCCUGGUCUGCCUGGAGGUCCUGGAGGACCUGGAGCCAAAGGUUUGCCUGGACCCCCUGGUUUGGAUGGACUUAACGGCCUUGCAGGACCUAAAGGCCUCCCUGGAACUCCAGGUGGAAUUGUAGGAGGUAUUCCAGGUACCCCUGGUAUUCCAGGGCUGAAGGGAGAGAGGGGCGUCUCCUACCCAGGUGCUCCCGGCUACCCUGGAGGGAAGGGAGAGAGAGGAGAGCCAGGUAUUUCUGGACGCCCAGGAUUCCCUGGUCGACCAGGACUUCCUGGUGAGAGUGUGGGGUCCAAUGUUCCUGGACCUACGGGAAAUCCCGGACUCCCUGGACUGGAUGGAGAGUAUGGUCUCCAGGGUCCUCCAGGUCCACCCGGGCCCCCUGGUCCAGGCACAGCACAGGGAGACAGAGGUGACCCUGGGCUGCCAGGCUUCCCUGGCUCCCCCGGCAGUAAAGGAGAACCUGGAAUCCCUGGGGGCCCCGGAAGCCCCGGUUUCCCUGGUAGCAAAGGAGCACGAGGUGACAGUGGUUACACCGGAGGUUCUGGUCUAAAAGGUUUCCCUGGUGACCCUGGUUAUUAUGGAAACAAAGGAGCCAAGGGAUUGCGAGGGCGUGUUGGUCGGAAGGGUUUCCCCGGAGUCACGGUGCCACCGAGAGAUUUCAGGCGACCCUUCGGAGACAUGGGUUUCUCAGGCGAAGGCGGAAGCCCUGGUGCCCCCGGAGAGUCCGGUCAGCCUGGAAUCCCAGGACGCCCAGGUGCUAAAGGUCCUCCUGGCCCUGUGGGUAAACUGGGCAGGACCGGAACUAAUGGUCUGCCUGGAACUGUUGGGGAUGGCGGACCACCUGGUUUCCCGGGACCAACUGGAGAGCAAGGUCUUCCCGGUACCGUAGGUCGCCCCGGCAUUCCUGGCGGAGUCGGCCGCAGCUCCAGCAUCGGCUACACGCUGGUGAAGCACAGCCAGGACUCCCAGGUCCCCAUGUGUCCUCAGGGCAUGGCCCAGCUGUGGGAAGGCUACAGCCUGCUGUAUGUGGAGGGGCAGGAAAAGGCCCACAACCAGGAUCUUGGUCAGCCGGGCUCGUGUCUCCCCAGGUUCAGCACCAUCCCCUUCCUCUACUGCUCCCCCAACGAGAUCUGCUACUACGCCAGCCGCAACGACAAGUCAUACUGGCUCUCCACAACCGCGCCCAUACCCAUGAUGCCCGUGGCCGAGCAGGAGAUCCAACGUUAUAUCAGCAGGUGUUCGGUUUGUGAGGCGCCGUCUCAGGCUGUGGCGGUCCACAGCCAGGACAUGAACAUCCCCAGCUGCCCCCCCGGCUGGAGGAGUCUCUGGAUAGGAUACUCCUUCCUGAUGCACACGGCGGCGGGCGCAGAGGGCGGCGGUCAGUCCUUGGUGUCUCCCGGCUCUUGUCUGGAGGAUUUCCGCGCAACUCCGUUCAUCGAGUGCAACGGCGGCAAAGGCACCUGCCACUACUUCGCCAACAAGUACAGCUUCUGGCUCAUCACCGUUGAUCCCAGCCAGGAGUUCCGCUACUCGCCGGCACAGGAGACCCUGAAGGGAGGCCAGGAGCGCUCCCGAGUCAGCCGCUGCCAAGUCUGCAGCAAGAUCUUGUAGGAGGAGGUGAAGGAUGGAGGAGCGGAGGGAGGGAAACAAUAGGAGGUGAUAUACAAACACUUCAAGGAAAGGAAAUAAAGAGAGGUGUUAAUGAUGGAGGAGGAAAUGAUUUAAAAAGAAAUCUAUAAAACCAAGAACAUGUGACUGACUGAAAACGAGCCCCUCUCCUGCUUCACCGAUGUUUUCACGAUUAAGUCGAGCGACACCGGUGCGUUUUCAGAGUGUUGUUUUAAUGUUUAUCCCCUUUUAGGAAUGAGUGUUGGAUGGAGGAAAUGAAAAGAGAAGGGUCUUCUCUCGAUUAUCACUGACAAUGGUGCUAUUGUUUAUGUUCUUUUGUGUUUCAUUUGUGUCUCGUUACGUUUUUUGGGCGAGAAUCGUUUCUCGGCUACCUCGGAGAGUGCCGCCACUUCGGAUCGCACCCCCCCCCCCCCCCCCACGCUAACUCGUCGAGCUCCAGAUAAGUCAGAUCAGGGCGGAGGGUCGGAUGUUUGUGAUGUGACUCUCGACAGCUGAUCUGGUUUAACUGGAGCAGACGUUCACCUGACCCUGGCUCAAAGAUACACUUGUAAUGAAACAGCCACAAUAAAACGUAGCUUCUUUUGUAUUUACCGACAGAUACAAGUGUAACUGCAGUUUAUUUACAGCCAAAGCCGCCGCAUCUUCUGUCCUGAUGAUUUUGCACGUGUUGCAUGAAAAGCUUCAAUGUAUGGGUUUGAAAAUCAAGUUGCAGAGACUUGAGACCUGCUCGAGACAUCUACAGUUUUUAUUAUUUCUUUUAUUGCAAUAAUGGAAACACAGACACUAUAUAUAUAUAUAUAUAUAUAUAUAUAUAUAUAUGUAAUAGUAUAUUCAAGGAAACUCCAAAAUCCACUAUCUAAAGGUGGCAGUAAUGCACCUGUUAGCUGGUUUGCAGGAGAAAAAGAAGAAACAAAAAAAGAGAAGAAACUAUUAACACAUAUUUUUUUGAAUUCUGCGUCGUUGUUGUACUAAUCCUCAAACUGCAACUAUUCCCGUUAAAGCAAAAACACUGAUAUACUUACUCAGUUUCCGUUUUUUUUUUUCUCCGACAUAUUUAGAUUCUGUAGCUUUCAAAGAAAAACUUUUCAGAACAAGUUCUGCUUAUAGCUUCAACAUAACCGAUGAAACAAAUCCACUGAAUGUUCGUUUCAAUGCAAGUUUGUUGUUUUCGAGUAAGUUACAGUUCUCUACAUAAAUGACUGUGAAGCAGUUUGGAAUCAGGAAAUCUGUCUUAACUCAAGCUACGCUCACUUACGUUUCCUCAAGCUUUUGUUUUAGGUGAUACUGAAGACUAAACUUUUAAUGUGUGUUCUGUGCAAGUAUUUUUGUGCAAAACGUGCAAAACCAUCAGCACAGUGCUCUAACUAUGCAUUUGUCAUGUCUCAUAUUCCUGUGAUAUUUGCACGUUUCACAUUUGGUGCUACACAACCCUGACAGUCGACUUGAGAUGCAGCAUUUAACGAUUUCUAUUUUACCUGCAACAAAAAGACAAACCUCUGCAACAGUUAACUCCAGUGGUUUGAAUGAGGCCACUCAUUUAUAUCUAUCUAUAUAUAUAUAUAUAUAUAUGUAUAUAGAUAGAUAUAUAUUGCACUGAUGUGAGCUCCUCUGGAUCAGAAUGAUAAACGAGUUGGAUAAAGGGGCGUGUUUCCUCAUCUCCACUUUCACAGGAUUUCUUUUUAUGUUGCGACCAAACUAGUAUUUUUUUUUUUAAUCACAUUGAACCCUUUUUAUUCAUUCACGUUCAAUGUACAAGAGGAAACACACACACACACACACACAGAUUAAUUAUUGCUGUACAUAGUGCUUACUGUAUUCCCCAGAAAAAUAUGUUAGCGCAAACGUCUAUAAUGUUAACUCCUUAUUUUAUUUAGAUGUUCUCCCAGUUUCGUGUCUUUUCACUGUUCGCGGAUACAAAAAAGAGGAUGACAUUUCUUAUUUUCUAUCCAGAUCAUUUUUUACAUUUAAUUUGCAUCGUAUACGUGUUUUUUUGAUAAUAUCCGUGGGCAGUGAAAGCCUCUGGGUGACUUGUAACCACUAUGACCUCUGUGUCUGCACAUAGCUCUGCUGGUAGCCCUGAUGUUAUUCCCUAUGUCACAUUUUAAUUGUUUUGUUUUUAUUUUUCCUCAGUUUUUGUCUGCAUUUGCUGGUUUGUAAUCUAGAUUGUAAUUAUUUUACUUAAGUCUUGAUACUAUCCCUUGGUUUUAUUUACUGAGAUGGGAGGGAAUGGGAAGAUUAUGAUGUGUACAUUAAAUAUUAUGGAAAAAAUGUCUUUAGGAUGUUUUUAUAUGGAAAGUAUAUUCACAGCUGAGGAUUUAACAGAUGUGACAGCGGUUGUUGUCCAUUUGCUCUUUUACCACAAGUUCAACAAGCGACAUGCUUAAAGUGCCUGGAGUGACAGAAAAGAAAAGUGCAGUUUUUCCUCAAAGAGGAUCUAUAACAGAAAAAAAACACGUCUUUUAUUGUAAUGUGUAUUUCUCUGCUCACACAUUUGGAAAUAAAGUUUCUAAUCCAACAGAUAAA